GCCACAUUCCUGUCAUUCCAGGUCUGCGCGUGCCAUCAUUUAACACAACAGUCAGCGCGAGCUGCUUGUAUUCGCCUCAGCCAGUUUUAGCUGUUUUGCUAUACUUGUAUUGCUUUUAUUUUGGUGCUUUAAAAGACAUUACACCAAUAUCCGACUACAUUUAGAUGAAUACGCGAGUUCUGGUUUGGUUUUCUCCCAUUCGCUUCGCGUAACGCAGUUUUACCUGGCUAGCAGGCUAACUCAUUUAGCUAACGUUAUCUCGCGAGUUAAUCGACACUGCUGCUUUCACUCCGCAAGGAUACGAGGAACACCUCAUGUAUCUUUUUUAAAAGAUCAUGGCAUAUAUCUACACGUGACAAAGAGCUGUGAUCUCGGGUUGGACCUUGUGGAUGUUGUGAAAGGCACAGUGAAGCUGAAGACCAGAUGUUCCUCUGACACAAGCAAAAAUGAUGCCUAUGAUUUUAACGGUGUAUUUGAGUGAUGGGGAGCAGGCGCUGACAGAGGUGCCCAUCACUCCAGAGACGACGUGUCGUGAUGUGGUGGAGUUCUGUAAGGAGCCAGGAGAAAGCGGCUGCCACCUGGCCGAGGUUUGGCAUGGAAAUGAACGAGCCAUACCCUUUGACCACAUGAUGUAUGAGCACCUGCAGAAAUGGGGCCCCAGAAAGCAGGAGGUGAAGUUCUACCUACGCCACGAAGACUCGCCCACUGAAAGCAGCGAUCAGGGGAGCCAGCAGUCUCAGGAGCAGCCCAGCAGGAGAGGAGGAAGCAGCUCAGACAUGCACAACGAGAACGGGGUUAGUUCAUAUCACAUCCUCAUCAAAAUGUGGGCCUUCUUUUCUAAUCUUAGCAUUGUGGUUAUUCCAAAUGCAUCCUAGGGGGUUGAAUUCCACAUGCUUAUAUUAUCUUAUGCUUUUCUGCUUACUGUAAUGCAAAAUAGCAGCUGCAAAGUUCUGGCUGAAAUUGACACUCUUCAGUACCGAAGCGUUUCGAUCAUGUCAUGUUAUUCAGUUCUUCUCUCUUAACCUGAGCCAAACGCAGCCAGACCUGUCACGUCCCAGAAUCACUCACCAUUUUCUUUCAUAUAAGCAUUUGUCACAUCACUCAUU